GGUGGAUGGAGACAGGCAGGUGUUUUAGCGGCAGCUGCUCAUAUUGCGUUAGACAAAGCUGAAGAAACUAUUAAAGAGGAUCACGCUAAUGCCCGUAAACUUGCUCGUGGAUUUAAUGAAAUGACUCCUGAAAGUCUGAAAAAUGAUCUUCAAGUGUCUGAAAAUGGAAUUACUAACAUGAUAAUAUUGAAAUGCAGCAAGAAAAUCCCACCCGCCGAAGUUAAAAAAUUCUUUCAAUCUCAUGGCGUGCUUGUUAUGCUUUUUGAUGACACGCGUGUUCGUAUUGUGACUAACUGGGGCAUCAAAGCAAAUCACGUUGAGAAGGUGCUAAACGUUUACAAGGAACUUGUCGAUUCUGUCUCUGAACGUUGA